GCUAAUUGAACGGCGAUGAAUAUUACCGCGUUGUCUUCUCCGAGAUUAUAUAUUGAAUCGGAGUAGAAUUUUUCAGACAAUUUUCGAACUUUUCAACUCCCUUUGCUGAACAGAAUCAUCGUUUCAAUUCCUUGCCAUUUUUUACCAGGCGCCUUCGAUCCAUCUCCCGGCAAUGGAGCUCUUCCAACGGGCGAAGACGGUGCGGCUGCGGAGCCACCACGAGAAGUUCUUAACGGCGGAGGAGGACGAGGAAUCGGUCACUCAGGACAGGAACGGCGCCUCCGCGAGCGCGCGGUGGUCGGUGGAGAUCCCGGGGAACUCCGACAACGCCGUCCGCCUGAAGAGCUGCUACGGCAAGUACUUGACCGCCUCGAACCACCCCUUCCUGCUCGGCAUGACUGGCCGGAAAGUUCUCCAGACUUUGCCGACCCGUCUCGACUCCUCAGUGGAGUGGGAACCUGUCAGGGAAGGCGCGCAGGUGAAAUUCAGGACAAGGUACGGCCAAUUUCUGAGAGCUAACGGCGGAUUGCCGCCGUGGAGGAACUCCGUCACGCACGAUGUUCCUCAUAGGUCGGCGACGCAAGAUUGGAUUCUCUGGGAGGUUCAUGUAGUGGAUAUUGUGGUAACUUCCCUUCCCAAACCCCCGCCUCCAUUGGUUUCCCGUUCAGAUUCAUUUCCUUCUGAAACAGAUUCGCCUUCGACUGCUUCAUUCACUUCUCAGAGCUUUUCUGGUAGAGAGUCGGGUGAUUCUUUGGAUAACACGGUGAAAAUGGUUGGAGAUGGGAGGCUGAUCUUUUACCGUAUCGCGGACGACCAUGGGGAGAUUGAUGAAGGGGUAGAGGAGCUCUGCGUGCUGUUCAAGGGGAACGAAGUGGAUGAGUUGAGGAAGAGACUGGAAGAAGAGACAGGGAUGUACGGCAUUGUUGUUUGCACUCGAAGUGUAUUGAAUGGGAAGCUUUACCCCCUUCGGUUGCAUCUUCCUCCGAACAACGCAGACAUGUCCGUUGUCAUUGUCCCUUCCUCUUGUAAAGUGUUGUUGAAAGAUUUCGAAACGGGAAGAACGCAAUUCUAAAAAGCUACCAAAGUUGGACUAGCAUGGAGGAGGAUUAGAAGAUGAUUAUUAUAUUUCUUUGAUUUCUUUUUUAUUUUAUGGGUUCUGAAUUUUUCUUAUUUAGAGUUCUGUUUGCCCUUAUUGGUUUGGUCUGUAAAAAAAGUUUUGUAAAUACCCGGAGUACAUAGUACUAGCGUGUAAUAUACAUAAAAUUGAAACUAUGAUUUUUACUUUCUUCUAAAAGAGGAUAUACUCUAAGGAGGUAAAUUGUGUAUUUGUGUUAUAAUUUUAGAGUGGUAAAUAAAGAGUAAAUUAGACAUUGGUAU